CGGGCUGGAGGCGGCGCUGUGUCUCUGCGAUCGAUUGAGGCUGCCUUGGAGGUCUCCGGGGUGGGGCGCGGGCUGGUGCGUAGUACCCGCCUCCGGGCCGCCCCGUGGCUGGGGGAGCGGAGAGGGGCGGCGAGCGGGGUCGCCCUUACCCCGCCAUGUGGCGAGUGGCCCGGGCCUGGACCGCCUGCUUGCGGCCUCCCAGGCAGUGCCGCCCCCCGGGGCCGCGCUCUGGCAGCAGGGGGGCAGCGACCGUGGCGGUGGAGCCCGCGGCGGGGCUGGCGGACGAGCCGGUGGCGACCAAGGUGCUGGGGCUCGCCCCGGGGCAGCGGGUGACGCUGAGGGGACUCGUGGCGAACGAGCGGGGCUGCCUCUUCGACUCCUGCGCCCACUACCUGGCGGACAGCCUCGGGGAGCUGGACCUGUCCAGGGACUCUGCCCAGGGAGGGGACUACACUGGGGUGGAGCCCAUGGGGCUGUUCUGGAGCCUCUCCCCCGCCGGCAUGGAGAGACCCUACCAGAGGCUCGUGCCGAAGCAGAUUAAGACCCCCAUGAAAGUGGAGGUAUCAGUUCACCAAGGACACAGUCAGCCUGGCGGCAUCCCGGGGCAGGUCCUCGCCAAAGCCAAUGUGGAGAGAUGGUUCACUGCCCCCGGGAUACGAAGGAUUAGGCUGAAAGAGGGCAGUGUGAGAGGCAGCCUGUUCCUACCCUCAGGGGACGGCCCCUUUCCAGGAGUAAUCGAUAUGUUUGGUGAUGAAGGUGGAUUGAUUGAGUUCAGAUCCAGUCUCCUAGCCACCCGUGGCUUUGCUGCUCUUUCUCUGCCCUAUUUUGACUUUGAGGAUCUGCCCACGGUCAUGAAGGAUUUGCACCUCGAAUACUUUGAGGAAGCAGCUAGAUUUCUACAGCGUCACCCAAAAGUGAAAGGGCCAGGGAUUGGAGUGAUUGGGACAGGGAAAGGGGCAGAAUUGGCAUUUUCCAUGAUUACUUUCCUGCCACAGGUGGUAGCUGCUGUCUGUAUCUCUGGCUGUAGCUCCAAUACGGUCACUGCUCUUCACUAUGGUGAGCUGACUCUGCCUGGGCUGCACUUUGACAUGAGCAAGAUCAGCAUUUCUGAGACUGGUGUGUUUGAUAUUUUUGAUGCUCUGGAUGACCCAAUGGAUCCAGCUAAUUCCCACUGCCUCAUCCCCAUAGAAGAAGCAGAAGGUAAUUUUCUCUUGGUGGUAGGAGAAGAUGAUCGCAAUUGGAAGAGCUCUUUAUUUGCCAAGAUGGCAAUUGAACGCCUGCGCCAACAUGGGAAGGACAACUUUAAACUCUUGAGUUAUCCAGGAGCAGGCCACCGAAUCGAUCCACCCUUUUUGCCAUUUUGCUCAGUAGCCCUGGACCGUGUCCUCGGGUUGCCUGUUCUGGGUGGUGGGGAGGGAAGAGCACAUGCCCAUGCACAGGAACACUCCUGGGGGAAGAUCCAGGAGUUUCUGCGCUUUCAUUUGGGAUGAACACCUCACCACCUGAAAGCUGCCACUAAAUUGCAGGGAGCGGAGAGAUGAGCCACCCAAGGGAGCAGAGGACUGGAGGGACUGACUUAGAAAGAUCGAAAAGUUAAAUAUGCAGUUCUUGAUCAAAUGACAACUCAGUGGCAGGUGUAAACACUGAGGAAGGUGAGGAUUUGUUAAUGGUCAUGGAAGGGGCUUUAGGUAGGAGUAUUGGGGAGAAAUGGAACAAUGGAGAACUUCAGGGUUCAUGUUAAUAAAGAUUUCCUGAUGCCAAGAUCAAUUUAGACUGGGAAAUAAUCACCCAAGGAAGGUGGUAGAAGUUCCCUCGCUUACAGCAUGUGAAGGAGCCCAGCAACCUGGCCAGGCCUGCAGAGAAUGACAGGCGAGGAGACUGGCCUGCACCUAGUGGAAUGAUGGCAGCCCAAGAUGAUAAGAUUUUGAAACAGCCAUGCCCUGUGAGCUGGACAUGUUUGGCUCACUCUUUGGGACUUGAAUCCAGCUAGUUCAGCUCAGGUGUCUUCCACUAGUGCCCCCCCGAGCAUUCUAUUUUAAAGCUGUGACUGUUUGCUGUGCCUGCUUUGGAAAUCAUUUCUAUUUGAACUUUAUCUGGGAUGCAUACAUGUGUCUGACAUCUUGAUGUUGGUUAUCAGCUUUCAGCAAGCACAGCCAAUGGCUCCUUACACUGCCAAUCGGUUGCAGAGAAGAAAGAUCAAGUGUUUUCAAUGCCUGCUAAUGAGAGGGGGUAGUGCCAGCAGUGAUUUACUAGUGGGGUAUUCAAGAGGGACUCAUUUCUAUCUGUGGCGUCAUAGGCUGGCAGCUAAUACUUGGUUAGCGUAUAUUACAGUUCCACUGGAUAGCUUAGUUAAAUGCAGUUUUGUUAUAUGCAUUGAUAUAUUUCCUUCUUUCUUCCUGCAGUUAAGUCUAAUUGCCUGUUUUUAAAGUAGUAAUGACAAUUAAACGAAGGUUGUGAGGAAUUGAGUUUUUGGAAUUGCCUAGUAUGGAUAGUGACCAUCAGUAGCCAUUGGAUGGAUAUUAAAUGGCGGAUACUGAUUGCCACUAUGGAGAGAGCAGAUGGGGGAUUUGAAAGGAAGGAGAGAGCCUAGCCAACAGGAGGCAGUAGAGUCAUACAUUAAAUGGCUGUCGUAAACAGCAACCAGCUUAAGUGUCAAACAAUCAAAAACAAAAAAAACCUGGGAUAAUUCUCCCAUAGGUGCCCAGGUAUGAUGGAGCAACUGUGCCCACAGCUGCCAGGGGAUUGUUUCCAUUCGGAUUAAUUUUAGGCUAGUGCCUCCCCUCUUGCCUGCUUAGGGGGCCUGCCCCCUCCCAUCAUCUUGAGGGAAAGGAAUCACAAUUUUUUCUUCAAUAUUUCAGACCUCAGCUAGCCCUCUGAAACAGCGAUAGUGCUGGAAGCCUGGUUCCUAAGUGCCACUGCCAGCACAAUUCCCUUUCCAGGGUCCCUGUUGUCAGAGCAUCUUAAAAGAGCUGCCCAGGAGGAAAUGGAGCUUUGGCUUGUGACCUUGACUUUUAUUUAGUGUUAUGGAAACUCCUGGUCAGCAUGCUGUUGCUUGAUGCUCAUUAACUUCAAAUCAUCACACAUGCUCCGUGCACAUCAUCAGUGCCAGUCUCAUUCAUGCUCAGUCCACAGACAUCAUCCAAUCAUACUCCACAACAGAUAACUUCACUUGUGUUCACUUCCCCCAUACCACCUACACAACUGGCAUGUCACUCUCUCCCAAGUUGGUUAUGGUUAAAUGGGUCCUGCAGGGGGUUCUGGUGCCUAAACCUUCCCUGAAAAUAGAUAACAGUAGUACAGGCCUGCAGCUAGCUCUGAUAAGCACAGUAGUGCUUUCUGCACCUAUGUUAUUUCCUCUUCACCAAAGCUACUCCAGGUUGUGACCAGAGAAGGAGAGGUUGGCCAUUAGUUUCCCCUGUCUGCACUUUCUAACACUCCUUCUCACAUGUACCUCCACCAAUUUGAGCAAGAUGCCUGAGUGCCUUAGGUUGUGCAGUGCUUCCUGCCAACCUGUUUUGUUGCCCUCUCAGUGUUGCCUACUGAAUUUCCAUUGUGUUGUCUUACCUCUGCAGAUCCACUAUUGCAAGUUCCUGGGACAGGUUUCUAAAAUCUAGUGCAAUUCUAGUCAAACUGGGCCAGUUAGAGGUACAAGUCCAGUCAAACUUCUGGGUUCAUGUAUAAAUAGAUUCUGAAUGUAGAUAGUUAGAUUUCUCUAAUUUUAAAUGAAUAUCACAUUUUUCAUUAAUUAUCCAAAAGCCAGUGUCAACAGUUGUAAAACAAAAACCAAAACCAGGUGGUUUAAGAUGCCCUCACUUUAUUCAUAAAGCAAAAUCCUUUAACAUUUCCUUUUAAAAAACAGUAAAUGGGCAGGAAAACUGUUUUUAAAACAUUUAAUAUUGUGUAGAAAUUUGGCUGCUGCUUUGUUUUUUUUAAAUGGUUCAGAUUUUUCAAAAGGGAGAAGGAAAAAAAACCCUAAAAGCACUUAAUACUGCAAUCUGAUUGUGUAAAUACAUCUCACACUCAAAAGAUACUAAUGACCAAAUAACAAAGACACAAUGAUCUGUAGCAAAUUGGUUGUUUAUAUAAUUAAAUAUUAACAACUCAAAUUCUAAAAUGCAUCUUAUUUACACUGCUGAUGGAAUACCAUUAUAAACAUGCAGUAUGCCUUAAAACAGAGUGCCUGGUUGUGGCCAUAUUUAAGGCCUUAUUUUUAGGCCGAGUCUACAUUCUUUACUCGGAAAAAAAACUCAAAGAAUUUCAGUGGAAGUAGUGUCUGAGUAACAAAUGCAUGAUCAGGGAUUUUGGGAUCCCCAGAUCAAGGUAAAAUUAGUAUUGGUGUUGCAGAAUUGUUUCAGAAUUUCUUUCUGUGCAAGAGAGGCUAUGGUUCAACCUUUGCACUAGGCUGAUAAUGCCAUAAGUAUAACUUCAACAGAGCUGAAACAGGAGUGGCUAAAUUCCUAUUGACUUCAAAAGGGAGCAAGAUCAAUGCCAAGGUGUCAUAUCAGCUCAGCUGAUGUUUAUGCAGUCCAUGACAAAUAAACUACAUUGUUCAAAUAAGGAGGUUUGUUCAACAAAUUAAUAGCAAUAUGUACGUUUGCAAGUGGGAUGAUGGAGCUAGUUUGUGUGAACUGACUUUAUUUGCAAUAUUUUAUCUUUUUGUCUAUUUUCAUGAAUAGCUUACAAUAAAUUUCUAAAAUGUGUGGCUAAUGUGUUUUUUCUUUUAAAACAAAAGGUUUGGGGGAGGAGGCAGUGAAGAUACUCUGCUCAUGAUCCUGUACCAAAUAUGUUUCUGCU